CUGUGACGUCGGGGACUAUUCGGGAUUGCGGGCUGUGUUGAGAAAAUCGUGACUGUCCCGCGAAAAGCGGGCACUGCUGGGCGACAGAGGCCGGUGAAAGACUAAUAAAGGAAAACAGGAGGAGGCGGCAGCAUCAUGGAAUUCCCUACCCAGCCAAAGCUUGUGGAUGUGAAAACCAUCAUCUACCCACCUGGAGUAAAAGAGAUAACAGAUAAAAUUUCCAAUGAUGAAGUGGUCAAACGGCUCAAGAUGGUGGUUAAAACGUUUAUGGAUAUGGACCAAGAUUCUGAAGAAGAGAAACAGCAAUAUCUUCCUCUAGCCCUGCAUCUUUCAUCUGAUUUCUUCCUCAGGAAUCCAAACAAAGAUGUUCGUCUACUUGUUGCCUGUUGCUUGGCUGAUAUUUUCAGGAUAUAUGCCCCAGAAGCACCUUACACCUCUCAUGAUAAAUUAAAGGAGAUUUUCUUGUUCAUAACAAGACAACUUAAAGGUCUAGAAGAUACAAAGAGCCCACAGUUCAACAGAUAUUUUUACUUGCUAGAGAACUUAGCCUGGGUUAAAUCAUACAAUAUUUGCUUUGAGUUGGAAGACUGCAAUGAAAUCUUCAUUCAACUUUUUAAAACUCUAUUCUCUGUUAUCAAUAACAGCCAUAAUCAGAAGGUUCAGAUGCACAUGCUGGAUUUAAUGAGCUCCAUUACAAUGGAAGGGGAUGGUGUGACACAAGAACAGCUUGAUUCUAUUCUCAUUAAUUUGAUUUCAGCUCAUAAGAACCUAAAUAAACAAGCAUUUGAUCUAGCAAAGGUUCUCUUGAAAAGGACAGCUCAAACAAUUGAGCCAUGCAUCGCAAAUUUUUUUAACCAGGUUUUAGUUUUGGGUAAAUCGUCAGUGAGUGACCUGUCGGAGCAUGUGUUCGAUCUUAUACAGGAAUUAUUUGCUAUAGAUCCUCAUUUAUUGCUCUCCGUUAUGCCUCAACUGGAAUUCAAAUUGAAGAGUAAUGAUGGUGAGGAAAGACUAGCGGUUGUACGACUUCUUGCCAAAUUGUUUGGUUCUAAAGAUUCUGAUUUGGCAACGCAAAACCGCCCAUUAUGGCAGUGUUUUCUUGGAAGAUUCAACGAUAUUCAUGUCCCUGUGAGAUUAGAAAGUGUGAAGUUUGCCAGCCAUUGUUUAAUGAACCAUCCAGAUUUGGCGAAGGAUCUCACUGAAUUCCUCAAGGUGAGAUCACAUGACCCUGAGGAAGCAAUUAGGCAUGAUGUUAUUGUCACCAUCAUUACAGCUGCAAAGAAAGAUCUUUUUCUAGUAAAUGAUCAGCUGCUUGGCUUUGUUCGUGAGAGAACAUUGGAUAAAAGGUGGCGAGUUAGAAAAGAAGCCAUGAUGGGUCUUGCUCAGCUUUACAAAAAGUAUUGCCUGCAUGGUGAAGGUGGGAAAGAUGCAGCUGAGAAAGUCAGCUGGAUAAAGGAUAAACUUCUACAUAUUUACUAUCAAAAUAGCAUUGAUGACAAGUUACUUGUAGAGAAAAUCUUUGCCCAGCAGCUUGUCCCUCACAAUCUAGAAACAGAAGAAAGGAUGAAGUGUCUGUACUAUUUGUAUGCUAGCCUGGAUCCCAAUGCAGUAAAAGCAUUGAAUGAGAUGUGGAAGUGCCAGAAUAUGUUGAGAAGCCAUGUAAGGGAGCUGUUGGAUUUACACAAACAGCCCACUUCAGAAGCUAACACCACUGCCAUGUUUGCAAAAUUGAUGACAGUUGCAAAAAACUUGCCAGAUCCAGGAAAAGCACAAGAUUUUGUGAAAAAGUUCAAUCAAGUCUUGGGCGAAGAUGAGAAGCUCAGGUCUCAGCUGGAAGUUUUAAUUAGUCCAUCAUGUUCAUGUAAACAGGCAGAUGUGUGCGUGAGGGAUAUAGCUCGUAAGGUUGCAAAUCCCAAGCAACCUACAAAUCCGUUUCUGGAAAUGGUCAAGUUCUUACUGGAAAGAAUUGCUCCAGUGCAUAUAGAUUCAGAAGCUAUCAGUGCUCUAGUGAAGCUAAUGAAUAAGUCAAUAGAAGGUACAGCUGAUGAUGAAGAAGAGGGUGUGAGCCCUGAUUCUGCUAUAAGGGCAGGUUUGGAACUACUGAAGGUACUUUCCUUCACCCACCCUACCUCGUUUCAUUCUGAUGAAACAUACGAGUCAUUGCUUCAGUGCCUCCGUAUGGAAGAUGAUAAAGUGGCUGAAGCAGCGAUUCAGAUCUUUAGAAACACAGGGCACAGAAUUGAGACUGACCUGCCACAGAUCAGAUCUGCACUUAUCCCAAUAUUGCACCAAAAAGCCAAGAGAGGGACCCCGCACCAAGCCAAGCAAGCUGUGCACUGCAUCCAUUCUAUAUUUUCUAACAAGGAAGUGCAGCUGGCUCAAAUUUUUGAGCCCCUCAGCAGAAGCUUAAACGCAGAUGUACCAGAACAAUUAGUUACACCUUUAGUCUCUUUGGGUCACAUUUCGAUGCUGGCUCCUGACCAAUUUGCUUCUCCAAUGAAAUCUGUUGUGGCAAACUUCAUUGUAAAGGAUCUGCUGAUGAACGAUCGGUCUAAUGGUGACAAGAAUGGCAAACUGUGGUGCCCAGAUGAGGAAGUGUCUCCAGAAGUCCUUGCUAAAGGCCAAGCAAUAAAGCUAUUAGUUCGUUGGUUGCUGGGUAUGAAAAACAAUCAGUCAAAAUCGGCUAACUCCACUCUACGGUUAUUAUCAGCUAUGCUUGUGAGCGAGGGAGAUCUGACAGAACAGAAAAGAAUUAGUAAAUCCGACAUGUCCCGGUUAAGGUUGGCUGCUGGCGCUGCUAUCAUGAAGCUUGCCCAGGAACCGUGCUAUCAUGAAAUCAUUACUCCAGAGCAGUUCCAGCUCUGUGCUUUGGUUAUCAAUGAUGAAUGCUACCAGGUGCGGCAGAUCUUUGCACAGAAGCUUCAUAAGGCUCUAGUUAAACUGCAGCUCCCUCUAGAGUAUAUGGCUAUAUUUGCACUGUGCGCCAAAGAUCCAGUAAAAGAAAGGCGAGCGCAUGCCAGACAGUGCUUACUCAAGAACAUCAGUAUACGAAGGGAGUACAUUAAACAAAACCCAGUAUCAAAUGAGAAGCUGUUGUCCUUGCUGCCCGAAUACGUUGUACCGUACAUGAUUCAUCUACUUGCCCAUGAUCCAGACUUCACCAAACCUCAGGAUAUUGACCAACUACGUGAUAUCAAAGAGUGCCUAUGGUUCAUGUUGGAAGUUUUAAUGACCAAGAAUGAAAAUAACAGUCAUGCCUUCAUGAAGAAACUAUGCGAGAACAUUAAACAAACCCGAGAUGCUCAAGCGCCUGAUGACCCUAAAGCUAAUGAAAAACUGUUCACUGUGUGCGAUGUGGCUCUUUGUGUCGUAUACAACAAGAGUGCGCCCUGUCACUCAGAAAGUUCAAAGGAUCCCGUCUUGCCGUUAACAUUUUUCACACAGCCCGAUAAGGAUUUUUCCAGCAAGAGUUAUAUAACUGAUGAAGCGAGGAAUCUUCUCUUAACGGGAAAGCCCAAACCAAUGACAGUGCUUGGUAUGGUAAACAAACCCCUAAAUGCAACUGGGCGCAGGCCUUACAGCAGGAGUACAGGCUCUGAGAUCAGUAACAACGUGAGCAUUAAUUCCGAGUCCGACGCAUCUGUUGCCAACAGGCAGAGCUCUGAGGUGCCUGAAAUUGGAGUCAGUGAAAAUGAUGAGAAUCCUGUCCGUCUGAUUUCUGUUCCACCCGCCAAGACAGAAACUGUGAAGAACAAGGAAGUGAAUUUGGAUCAGACGGCGCCAUCUAACACGGGUACAGAACGGGGGAAAAAGAGAUCAGCAGCAUCCGCUGGGGCAGAGAAUAUCCGCAAGGAAUCCGAGGAGAAGAAAGCGGAUAAUAUAAGCGCAACUCCCACACCCAAACCCAGAAGAGGUCGACCGCCCAAGUCAGAGUCUCAGGGUAGCGCAGCAAAGAAUGAUGAGACGAGCAAGCCAUCCGGGAGAGGUCGCAAAAGGGCAGCAGCAAACCAGGAAAGUUCCGGAGCACAGGAGGCGGCCAAUGCCAAAGUACCAAAACAGGAUUCAACAGCCAAAAAAACUGCACAACGGCAAAUUGAUCUACACAGGUAAGAAGAAAGAGUGUUUGCCAGAGAAGAUGAGUCCAGAGCAAGGCAUGCUGCAGGCUUUAACCCUUCAAACUCCACUCCUAAUGUUUUCUAUACACAAGCUGAACUCGCCCCUUUCCCGCUUUCUACCUUACGAGUCCACAGCCCGACGAGCAUUUUUUUCCUCCUAAGAAAGUUCCUCGAGAGAAACGCAAAUCAGAAACCGUUACAGACCAGGAAUCUCCAGAUUCUCUGUGAUUUCUUUGUUUUUUGUUUUUUAAUGAACUGACUGAUAAUGUGUAACAUGGUGAUUUUUAUAUUCUGGUUGAAUGGAGCAAAACAAUAGGCCUUUACCGUUUUUAACCGUUCAUGUGCUGAGUCCUACAGAGAAGGAGCUGCCGUGUUUUAUUGCUUAGAAAGACUUUUCACACUGUGGCCCCUGCAAUGUCUUGCUCUCAUCUCUUUUAUCAAAUGUUUGCUGCCAGUCUACUUUUCUGAUUAAGAUGUACAGUUAUUUCUUCUCCCCGUUUCUUUCGGUUUCAUUUACUCUCAGCCCUGUGAAAAGUCAUUUGGUA